GGUGGUUUUGCCAAGGUAAAGCUUGCUGUUCACAGUCUGACUGGAGAAAAGGUAUUAAUCUGAGUCCCUAGAUGUCCAGCCACACCUAUCCGGAUAAUUAUUUUUGAAAGCGGAAAUUUUUUUACCCUGUUGCCAAAAAAAAAUAUGCAUCCACACAUACACCUGUAGUGUAUUUGAACUGUUUUCGCCCAUCCAUAUGAAGAUGCUAAACAAUGGAAAUAGGAUAGCAUGUCUCACAGAGCAUGCGUUAACCCUUUAAGUCCCAAUAGUGACCAACAUCAAUUUUCUCCUAAUAAUAUCCAUACAAUGUUAAGAGGUAAGGUUAUAAGAAUUAACAAAAUGAUCGCAUAAGGGAAAAUGCUUUGACCUUUAUCAAAUUCUCUCAACUCAUCCUUUAAAGAAAUGUAUGGAGAUCAUUUUGGAGAAUUUGUAUGUGGAUAUUGUGGCUUAAAGGGUUAAGCUACAACCAGUUGCAAAAGUACUUGAGAUACUGUACACUGUACCUUAUUUUGGCUUCACUGGCCUUCUUAUGAUCUUGUGCGUGUGAUCCCUCCUCUUCCUCUUAUCAAAGUUGCUUGAAAUACAAGACAAUACUCAAAACUUGGAGGAACAACUUUGAAUGGAGGGUAGGAGGGAGGCGAACUUUAUAUUGCACAGAAGUGUGACUAGCAGAUUUUUCGUUGGAGUGUCUCAACAUUUUUGCAACUGGUUGUAGUACGCAAAUGAUGUAUAGCAUCAUCGUAUUCGAAAACCUCCGUUUUCGUCUGUCCACAUGUAAACAUCUGGCCAGCGUUUUCAAAACUCUUCACUCUGAAUAGCGUUUUUGAAAAGAUGCAUUUUGGUGACCAUUUUUACCAAAUACAUGUGAACGGUAGGCCAAACCAGAGGAAAAAAAUCUCCAUUUUCAAACAAAAAUGCUUACGUGUGGAUGGGGCUUGAGUUUUCAAGCUGUGACCCCUAAUUAGUAUGCAGGGUGUUCAUUAGGCAUUGGAAAUCGGAGAAUUCAGACUCCGUUUACUAUGCAGAAUUCUCCUGCUAAUAGUCAAUUGCCUUUGACUAUUUUUACUCGGGUGUGGAGCCUCUUUAAAAAUAUUCUCCUGCAACGUUACACCUUUUACACCUUUCUCCUGCUACUAGAAUUUCUUUAUGAAAACCCUGAAUAGGCACAUGUACCUGACUGUACAUGUACAUUACACAAGUAGUAAUCAAUGAUAUUCUAAAAACUCAAUCUUGUAACUUACAUCAAUUUUUAUUGAUUGCUCUUUGUUAUAGGUUGCAAUAAAGAUUAUGAACAAGAAAGAACUCGGUGUAAGUGACUCCAACGGUUUAUGCCAAAGGAAAUCUGUUGAUUUAACAAGCAGCCUUUAAAGGAAUAGAAAAGGGGAGCUUUCCACAAUUUUUAGAAAGAAAUAGAGAUAAAAUAGUUUCUUCAUUGUAUUCAUAACCAAUAUCAAACAAUAAUUAUUUUUUCUUUUGAAACAAGAACAUUAUUGACAUUCAGUUUACGCAAAUCUGUCUUAAAUGGAUGCUACUGGGAUCGGCAAUAAAAGUCUACCUUAUAGAUGUCAAAGAAUUCGACUUUAACAGUUUACAUGUAAUGUCGUGCUUUGAGCCUGAAUCAACUAAUGUGAGAAAAGAAAUGUUCAUGUUCACAAAUAAUUGUUCAUUUCCCCAAAACUUAUUACCAGUACAUUGUACAAGGGACAUUUCUAUAAUCAUUUUCGUGAGAACUGCGAAUCGCAUUAUUCGAAAUCUUCAGACCUCAUGGUAAGCAAAUCUCUUGCCUUAGACUCAAAAAAGGUGGCAGGUGUACUAAAAGGUGUCCACUUUUUUCGGGGGGGGCGGGGGGGAGUCAUACAAAGUACAUCAGAUGCAAAGUACUUAGUACAUACUUGACUACACUUUUAUAUUCAGUACACUCGUCAGGGCUGUCCUUAAGGACCAGUAGUUUUGGAUUUCCCCUGCCUAACGAUGAGCAGAAAACCUGGCUACUUUCAUAGGAAACAAAAGGAAAGUGGAACUAAAAGAACUUCCUAGCUGUUCAAUUCCUUGCCUUCUUCUUGCAUAUACACCGAAUGCAAAUAUGGCGGAUCUCUCGGUCGGCCCGGGUCUAGUUGCGCGAAAGCGAGGCUAGUGAGGCCUCGAGAGUUUUGUUUUGACUGCGCGUCUUAGCGAUUCAGUCGAUCAAUAUGGUUUCCUUCGAGUUGUUACGUGCUUAAGAGCCAUCAAAGAGGAGAUUUAACUCCAGCAGAGACGAAAGUUGAUUAUCUUCGCUUUGCCAAGGUUCUUUUACGAAGAAAGAAAUGGAUUCAAGCAAUUCGGCGCGGCGAAUGGAGGCACUUCACUAUCACGGAGUGAAAAGAACGAUAGUGUGCUCGCUUCACUUCAGAAGAGAAGAAUGACUCACGAAACUAUUAGAAUGGGUGAAUAACUGAAAGAUUCAUGGUUCUGUUUCAAGUUUGCUUUGUCCGUUCUCUUACCAAGGAAAGGUAAAUAUCCUUGAGAACGAGUGAAUCCGCCGUCAUGACUUACCAAUCUUUAGGCGCUCUCAGGGCUCGACACAACGACAGACAACAAGGCCGCUUGUUUUCACAGUCUUCACGAUCCUGUUUUCAAGAGUUUGAGCAGUGCCAUAAAAGAAGCAAUUUUUGGAAAAUCGCUGUUAGUUUAUCUCGAAACCAUUCGACAAGUUGCUAAACUGAGAUCACGCGCAAGAUCAAAUACAAUGCUCGAAUACUUGGACGCUCUUUCUCUGCCAGAACCUUUUCCCUUCUUCUUACUUUCUUAGUCGGCAACGGUUCCUCCGUUAGUUUUUUCAGUGCACUUUGGUCAAGGACUGUUCGUGAAAUAUGUCGCUUUCUUCCGGUUCUUACAUAGUUUAACAGGCCACGCUUGUAGGAUUAACAGGCGAUUGUUAUUGUUGUUGUUAUAUUUUAAUGCAGCUGUUUUCAGCGUAAAAUCUAAAAGAUCUUACAGUCCACAGCGGAUGCUCCCGUUCUCGAGAAUGUUUACCUUUUGUUGGAUAAAUAACAGACUAUGCAAACAUCUUGGAACAGCACCAUCUCUUGUGAAAAUUAUUUCAUUCAAAUACUUUCGUGAGUCCUCUCAUCUAAAGCAAGUGAAGCGAGCAUACUUUCGCUGUUAAGUGCUUCCCAUCGCCGCGCCGAAUCGCAUGAAUCCUUAACUUUCUUUGUGAAACUAUCUCGGGAAAGUAAAGGCCAUUCCAGCUAGAGUAAAAUCUUAUUUUUGGUGGCCCUCAGGCAUGCAACAACUCGAAGCAAACCAUAUCGAUCGACUCGAUCGCUAAGACGCGCAGUCAAAACAAACUCUUAAGGCCUCACUAGCCUCGCUUUCGCGCAACUAGACCCGGGCCGGCCGAGAGGUCCGCCAUAUUUGCAUUCGGUGUAUACCAUAAAGAAGGAGAAAGUUGUUAAGCCCCUCCCCCCCCCCACCUCUUCCUCCUUUAUUAGGGAGCUUAAGCAACAACAACGGUGACGACAACGAGGACAAAAAAGCAGUAGGGUUAGAUUGGCAAAACAACAAUCAUGCUCUUUUGUAUAUUUCUUUGCCGUCGUUGCACGACUACGACAUGAAUUUGCCUAAUUUCACGUUUUGUGGAGAACAUGAACACAAGACAACGACCCUCUUUUUCUUUUCCUGAACUUUAACAUAGCCUUUAGCAUUCAAAUCCAGAAAAAUUUGCCAACAUCUAAUGAGUAGAGCGAGAUGGAAUAAUUACAAUAUUAAAAGUUUAAAACAGAGUGAACACACUUUUUACCUGUUGUUUUCGUAGCCGUUGCUGCCGUUGCUUAAGCUCCCAAUUCUUAGAUAAUAGACUGUAUAAAUCAAUCACAACCGUAACAUUUCAAGUGGACUAAUCUGGUAUGAUGCUGGAAGUUUGGAUUGACACACACAUGUAUUUUUGAUCCUCGGCUGCAUAACCUCCACGUUGGUGUCUCUGAGGUUUUGCACUUCAACACAACAGAGGAUUAACAGCACCUGACAACUUAAAAUCUUAGUGACAGCCCUGACUUGCUAAAUAAUGUACAAAGCCUUCAAUUAUUUUAUUCAGAGAAAUCAGUAUCGUGACUUUUUUCAAAUGAAUGUACUUCUCUGUGCAGUCAGACCUACCAAGAGUACAGCGCGAAAUAGAUGCCAUGAAGAACCUGACCCAUCAACAUGUUUGCCAACUCUAUCAUGUGAUCCAAACAGAGGAAUAUAUCUUUAUGGUUAUGGAGGUAUGUUGCUUGACAUACAAUCAUGUAGUCGGUACUGUCAGUAUUUAUAUUGCAAAAAUGUCAUGUACUUAAGAUACAUGUAUUAGAUACAAGUGUCCAAUUUCUUUCAGUAUGCUCCGGGAGGUGAACUUUUUGAUUACAUUGUUGCCAAGGAUAAGUUGAGGGUACGUUGUAAAAUUAAUGUGAUAUAUUAAUGUAACAAUAGCUUUUAUACAAACUAUGAAACAUGAUGUACAUACAUUGGUGUAAACAAUUAAAUUUAGUCUUCAAUUUUUUCAAAUGACUGAAUCUGGGGAAAUUAAUGAGAUUGCAGAAUUUGACUAAGUCGUCGAGAGCACCUAUUGAUAUCGAAUGAACACGCAUGAUUUUUAAUAAUGGGCACAUAUUUUUAUGUGGCAAUAUAUCAGUGUAAUUAAAUGUGCAAAGAAAGUGGUGUCCAAUAACCAAGGGCUAGUGCAUUUUGCUUUUGGGCUGGUGAAUUUCGUUCUUCACAUGCUCAGUGGGCAAGUGAAGUUCUUUUAGGAAUUCAAAUUGCAAAAGAACUGUUAAUCAGUCCUGUUAAAAACACUUUUGGGGCUAGUUGAAAGGACUUUUGGGCUAGUACAUACCAGCUACAGCUUGUUUGAGUGGUAAGCUGCAAAACUGACUUUCUUUGCACCUGGCAUUAAUAGCUGUUUUUCAAACUUAUGUUUCUGUGUAUAAUGUGCAUUGCUAGCUCUUGGGUGGGUACUUUUGGAAAAUUGACAUGGGAGACAAGUGCGCAGCAUCCUUCUUGGAACCCUUUUUCUCAAUCUCCCUUGUACCGCUGACAAAAAAAGAAGAAGAAAACACCCCCAAGCUUCAAGUUAGCCUAGUGCAGACCCAAAAAUCUAGACCCAAUUUCAGACUGAAAAUUUUUGUUAUACUUUAUUGACCUUUUCCCAACAGGAAGACGAGGCCAGAGGGUUCUUUAGACAAAUUGUUUCUGCAGUAGCCUAUAUUCAUGACAGAGGAUAUGCUCACCGAGACCUUAAACCAGUGAGUGAUUUUUUUUUGGUCUAGUGAAUGAAAUUACAGUGUAAUUUAGGUGAAAAUUAUGACAUUGUGCAUUGCACAAUCAUUUUAUCUGAUCUGACUUUAGAUUUUAUUUAUUUGUGUUCUUUUAGGAAAACCUCCUUCUCGAUGAUGAUCAGGUAGGAAAAUGAAAUGAUUAUGUACCUGUACAAUUACAGUUUAUGUCAUGAAGAUUCAUUGAAUUUUUGUUUAUGGCUUACUUGUGUUGUUUAUAUUUUCAUGUAUGUACAAUGUACAGUGUAUUUGAACAAGUUAAACUUAGAACAAUCAUCACGGAUUUGUUAUAAAGACUUUUGUGUGAUCAUAACUGGGACAGUUUAGUUACUUUCAUUGUUGUUGUUGUUGUUGUUGUUUUUUUAUCAUUUCAUUUUUCUUUGUUGACAGAACAUCAAACUGAUUGACUUUGGAUUGGUUGCCAAACCAAGAGGUGGCAUGACCGAUCAUNUUUCAUUGUUGUUGUUGUUGUUGUUGUUUUUUUAUCAUUUCAUUUUUCUUUGUUGACAGAACAUCAAACUGAUUGACUUUGGAUUGGUUGCCAAACCAAGAGGUGGCAUGACCGAUCAUCUGGAUACGUGCUGUGGAUCUCCUGCCUAUGCGGCACCCGGUAGGUUUUCCGAUUUAAAUGUGGCUAAAUCGUAAUUUAGGCAAAGUUAACCACGAGACAGCACAAUCGGAUCAGUGGUUGAGGCCCAGUCAGGCAGGCUUGUGCGGAGUGGCGCUGGCUCUGCAGGGGCUUGCAUGUGAUUGCAUAUCUCAGCUCUGCUUUGCUUUGCUUUGCUUUCCUUUGCUGAUCUUUUCACGAUCUGUGGUAUCUGCUGGUUUUUGCUCCCAAAUCCUCCCACGCCUGAAUAGGUAAGUAUGGGUUGUGAUAAGUAUUCCACUGAACUCUUUCAGUGAGAUGGUGCUGGGUGCUCGGCUUUCACUUGGUUACCAUGGUUACCACCAAGGCAAUGCUACUCUUUUCCGCUAUAGGCACGUCCGCCUUUAAGGCACCCCCUUUGCCAAGCUGAACUUGUCAUCAUUGUCAAGGGGAGAAUACACUAUUGUGUGAAAGAAAAUUAACAAGCUUCCCAUUUCACUAACGCAGGGCUUGAAAAAGAGCCUUGUCCAGUAGUCCAGGACAAGAAGUAAAUUUUUUUUGCUGGGCAAGUAACUUUUAAAGCUUGCUUAACCAAUGAGGAAGGGUCCUGGCAAGUCAUUGUCAUAAAGUAAGACAAGCAAGAAGUGGCCUCCUUAGUCUUCUCCUUAUCAGGCAGUUUACCAGUAAAAUUUACUGUCUGAAGCAUCACUUCUUUCCGCCUGCAACCGCUAGGAGGUCUACUAAAACUAAAUAAGUUGUUUUAAAAAAUAUGCAAGUUGUGAUCCGAUCCGAGUGGAUAAUGAGUGAUAGUAAUGAGUGAAUAUAUGGAAGUGUACUAAGUAUACACAGCUUUUUUUUAUGGGCCACGCAUUUUGGAUAGAGAGCAUUGACGACAUCAUUGGAAUCAAACGUUUUAAAUAGUUGUCUGAAGAUAACAUCAGCUGAUUUGCGUAAAAUAGGUCUUAAAAUGAGGCAAUGACGUUUCGGAGAACUUAUCUCCUAAAUUUCACAGCGAGGUCAAAGCCGUGUCCCUAACCCCACUACCCCCCACCCCAAGGGAAAACACUGACUCCUGCAAGCAAAAUUUGAGAGCUGCUUGCCCAAUGAAGGACAAGCUGGAAUUGAAGUUUUUUUGAUCUCUGCAAAGGACUAAGCUCGGGAAGUUGUUACAAAAAGUAGUAGUUUGUAAUGUAAGAAGCCAACUUGCUUGUUAUUUGUCGUUUGGUAUCAUGUAGCUUAAACAAGUGUACACUCUUUGUGGUUAAUAUGGAUGUUAAAAUUUCACUUUAAAAUGUAGUUUAACUGUUGUACUUACAUGUACAGUAAACUUGACAUUUUAUGUAAUUUUUGUUUUCUUUAGAACUCAUUUCUGGUUUUCCUUAUCAUGGAAAUGAGGUAGGAAAUUUCCUUUAUUGUUGUCGUUAGAAACGUCUAAAGCGAUGGCUAAGUCCUAAUUGUUGCCCCUAAAGCUCCUUAGGGUGGCCCGAACCUAUUUAUAUGCCUGUUGGUGACGUUUUUUAAUCGCCUUUUUCAACAAGACAAUUUAACCGAUUUCUAUGAUUUUUGGCUUCCUUGAUAAAAAAUAGUGUCACUUUAAGAAAAUGUAGAUAUAAAAUCGUUUGAGAUAUCGGCAUAUAUUUUAAACCACAUUUUUACGAAAAAUGAAACUAAGUUCAAAAUUUCCCCAACUUCAGCAAAUAAGCGUCAGAGCUCUCUACUUUUAUAUCCACAAGUUUGGGCUACCUUUAGGGUAACGCGUUUUCUUAAAGAUACAUGUUAUCGUAACAACUUGGUAUUUACUGAACAUUAAACAUUGCUGUCCGCCAGUGUCCUUAGGCCCGGUUCAGACGCGGAACAUUUCAUGAGCCGAACCUAAUACAUUGAAUUUUAAGUACAUGAAAAGUUCGGCGUCUGAAUCAAUUAGGAACGCCUGUCUCAAUUUGGAACGGCUCAGCCGUUCUUUUCGCCUAGCCCGGCCGGGAAUUUCGCCUUUGGAGCGACUUUGGGACCGCUUUCAUUCAGACGCCGAACUUUUCAUCUACCAAACCUAAUGCAUUAAUAAUGAUUAUUAUAAUAACGUAUUUUGUGGGCAGUUUGACCGAAAUAAGCAUUUUUUCGCCUUCUGAACUUCAGCUGCAAUUAAGAUCGGCGUCUGAAUCAAUUCAGCCGGUCUUAAUAAUUUGGGUCGGCCUUAAUUCAAAUUAGGUUCGGCUCAGGAAAAGUUCGGCGUCUGAACCGGGCCUUAAAGGCCCUGGUACACGAGCUGGCAAUUUUUUGUGCAAAUAUGUCUUACCCUUCUUAAAACUCUACUAGGUUGAUCUGUGGAGCAUGGGUGUACUGUUGUAUGCUCUCCUUUGUGGAUUUUUACCAUUUGAUGACGAUAACACCUUCAAGUUGUACAAGUUAAUUCAGGUAAAUCUUUUGGAACAAUUUUCAUUGCAAUUCUAACCUUUGUCAGUUGUUAAAGAAAAUUCAAAUAGACUGCAGUUUUAAUUUUUGAGUCUGGACUCUAGUCUGAGAAAAAAGCUGACAUUUCGUGAUGCCACCACAGUUUUCUUCCUACGAAAUGACGUCCACGGAACGAGCGCAGAAAUUCCACACUGAUAACGUAUCACUACCCAGAGAUGGGUAGUGCUUCUGAUUGGUCGUUCCACGUGGGAAAGAUCCUUCAACCAAUCAAAAGCACCACCCAGAUCUGGGUAGUGAUACGUCAUCAGUAUGGAAUUUCUGCCUUCGUUCCGUGGACAUCACUUCGCGGUGAAAACCAUUGAUGGCGUGGCGAAUUAUUGGCUGUUUUCUCAGGGUAGACAAACAUUGACGGUGUGACCAUUAAAGUGAAACCUCUUUAGCGGUACCUUUACUUGGUACCAUUAAUUGUAUUAAUUUAGAAUUCAUGUAGUGAUAUCUAUUGAGGCUGCAUACAAAAUCCUACGGUGCUUUUUUUUUUGCAAACUUGAAACAAUAGCUUUAUGAGUGAAUUUAUAAGUGACAUGAUAAGUGAACGUUUGCAGCGCAUCAUGAAGAAAGCUUUGCUUCUGCUUUCUUUAAGGUCUAUAUUGAUCAGCUGUAACCUUGAGUCCAAAAAAAUAAAUUUUUGUUUUGAAACAAGUCUGGAAAAAAGUCUUCUAUUUUGGAUCCAAAAAUCUGUACGAACCCUGUAACCAUAUUUUUUUGGCGGCACUGUCAGCUUUCCAAUUAAUAGGAUUUUUGUAACCUUUUCAUUGAAUUCAACGAAUGUCUUUUAUGUUUAUUUACUUUGCAGAAGGGAGAGUAUGAAGUACCAGAAUGGCUGUCACCAGGUAAUUUUAUGUGUACAGCUUAUAUGAUUGGACUUAAAAAACGAAAGAACCCGUAUUUUCGCGCGUAUUGAAGCCAUCAGUGUACGUACAUUCGCUAGAAAGAGAAGGGGAAAGUUAGACUCCAGCAGGCUUCACUGUCUUGUUUUAGAGAACGACUGGGAGAGUAGGGAGUAGCCUGGGACCAAGCUCCACAUUGGGGGGAAAAAGGAGAAAAAAAUCGGCGAGCGAAACGAGCUAAGCGGUAGUCUGGGGAGGGAAAGGGUGGCGGAGCCUGGAGACUUGCCUUUGAUGCCGCCGAUCGGCUAAAUGAAAUCAUCGAUAACAAACGUUUGAGAAAAAUAGAAAACUAGCGAGGCAAACGUCCGUAUGAAAAACGACAGAAUCUAGAUUCAGACAGCAAACAUAGAAAACGGAAUAACGAACAGAGCCAACAUUUCGAAUACACAGUGCAUAAAAGCAAGAUUGCAGUACUUACAGCGCCCUCGCUUGUCUCCAUAUAGGAAUGACAAAAAAUUUUCUUAGGGGACUGAACUUGUAAUAAUUUGUCUGACGAAAACCCCCAGGGGACCCCGGGUCUAGUCAUUAGUCCACAAGGGUGAAGGACGCGGUCCACACUCUUCGAUUUUUAGCAGGCAACUCCAGCACAUUUUUUGCCCCUUUUCUCGUCCUCAGACUCCUCACUGUCAGUGUAACCGGAGUUGCCUGGGGAGGAAGCUAACAGAGAACAUAGCUUUGUUUACAUUUUUUACUUUUGUUUUUUACUUGUAGGCAGUGCCAAAAUUUUAAGCCAGCUGUUGCAGGUACACAUUAACAAAUAGUUAUGUUCAGUUUUUCUGUUUUGGAAGGGUAAACAUUGACCUGUCAACAGACCCUCUAUAGGGAGCUUAAGCAACGACGUCGACGACGACGAGAACGACAACUUGACAAAAUCAAUAGGUUUAGAUUAGCAACACAACAAAUUAAAGCGUGCAUCACGCUUUUUUGUACUGGCACAUUUGGAAAACAAGGUCAAGGGAAAAUAGGACGUGCGUGAUCUGGGAAAGGGGGCUGCACCUUCUCUAUUUCCAGGCCCCGUGCGUUUUCACAAUCUCUACACAUCACUAUCUUGGAACCGGGAACAUUGCUUAACCACGACGUGAAACUGCCUAAUUUCUCGUUUUGUGGACGACGUGAACGCUGGGUAAACAUGUGAAGAGUUCAGUUGUAUGGGCUGUGAAAUUUUCCAAGGGAAGCGGCAAGAAUUGACUACAGCUCGUUUCUUGUCACGUCCUAACAGGUAAACCCCAAGAGACGGGUAACGAUUAAAGGCCUUUUGAACCAUGAGUGGAUGAUGAAAGGUUAUGCUGCACCUGUCAGAUGGACAAGCCGCAUUAAGGUACAUGUAUACACCUAAUUCAAUUUAGGUUGCUUUGCCAAUUGGUCGUUGGCGAUUGGGCAUUGGGUAUUUGGGCAUUCAGAACAAUUCGAUGAUUUGCUUGAGUGACCACCAAACAAUAGCUUCCCAAUGCCCAAAGCAUCCUUUAUUGAAUCAGCUCUAUCUACCGCAUGAUCACAAACACAUGCUAUAUCUCUGAAUAUAUUUGAAAGUCACAAUAGAAAAACGGGGCUGCUUGUCUUAUGUUGUUGUUGUUGUUUUACGAUAAGUAUUAAACCCUUACAAAAAUGAAUUGACAAAAUUGCUUUUAUUAAUAAAUUUGUUGUCUUGUUUGAUAAACAGAAGGACAAACCUGAUCCGGGUGUUCUGCUAGAGAUGGCCUCAUAUUACGAUGUAUCGCUUGAAGCCAUGAACAAGAGAGUGAUGGAU